AUGAAACCACAAAUCAUUCACAGAGACCUCAAACCAGAAAACAUAUUAAUCGAUGAAAAUGUAAGGAACGGUAGAUUUAUUAAGUUAUGUGACUUUGGUUUGACUACAGUUCACGACAAAGAAAUCAAUUAUAUGACACGUGAUAAACACUCUACAGGUGUGGGCACAAUAAAGUAUCUAGCACCCGAAAUAUCUCAGGGAAGCAAAUAUGGACUUAAAGUAGAUAUUUAUAGUCUGGCAAUAAUUGGUUCAGAAAUAUUUGAAUUGGAUUUAUUUUAUACCGACCCUGAUAAUUCUGAAAGUAUUUAUUCCGUGAAUGAAGUCUUAAACCCAAAAAGGUCGGGAUGGGGAACGGGUCAUCGAGAUCUCAAAAACUAUAAGUGA